AUGGCGACGGGCUUGCGAACGACGACGACGCUCCGUCCCCUGGCGUCUGCGCUGCGGCCGGCGCAAUAUCUGCCCCGCGUCGCACGACGAUACAAGUCUGGCCCGUAUGGCUACACCCAGGCCAAGGCACUGGUCUUCUCGAAAGAGGGCGAGCCCCGCGAUGUCCUGCAAUUGCACACCCACUCCAUCUCCCCGUCGAUCCCCUCCUCCGCCGUCCUCCUCCGCGCCCUCGCCGCCCCGAUCAACCCCGCCGACAUCAACACCGUCCAGGGCACAUACGGCUCCAAGCCCCCCUUCACGUCCCUGAUCGGCACCCCCGAGCCCGCCGCGAUCCCCGGCAACGAGGGCGUCUUCGAGGUCGUCUCCGUGGGGUCCAAGGACCUCGGCCUGCAGCGCGGCGACUGGGUCAUCCCCGCGGCGUCCUCCUUCGGCACAUGGCGCACCCACGCCGUCGCGGACGCCAAGGAUGUGAUGAAGGUCUCGAAGGAGGGCUUAACGCCCACGCAGGUCGCGACCGUCAGCGUCAACCCUUGCACUGCGUACCGCAUCCUCCGCACCUACGGCCCCGGCGAGAUCAAGGCGGGCACCAACGGGGGCAUGAAUGCGCUUGAGCCGGGCCGCGGCGGCUGGUUUAUUCAAAACGGAGCCAACAGCGGUGUCGGCAGGGCUGCGAUUCAGCUUGGAAAGCUCUGGGGGCUGAGGAGCAUCAAUGUCGUUAGAGAGCGGGAGACGGAGGCGGAGACGGAGACGCUGAAGGAGGAGCUCAGCGACCUCGGCGCCACGGCCGUGGUUACGGAGAAGGAGUUUCUGGCGAGGGAGUGGAGGGAUCAGCUCAAGGAGCUGACGAGGGGCGGCCGCGAGCCCGUCGGCUUGGGACUGAACUGCGUCGGCGGCAAGUCGGCGACGGCCAUCGCGAGGAGUCUCGGCGAGAGCGGCACGAUGGUGAGCUACGGCGGCAUGGCGAAGCAGCCCGUCAUGCUCCCCACCGGGCUCCUCAUCUUCAAGGACCUUAGGUUUGUGGGAUUCUGGCUUAGCAAGUGGAACGAGCGGGAUCCCCAGGGGCGCAAGUUUGCGAUUGAGGACGUGCUGGGCAUGAUUCGCGAGGGCAGGUUCAAGGACGUGCCGGUGGAGGAGGUGCCGUGGAGCUGGGAGACGGAGGCGGAGAGCCUGAAGGAGGCUGUCCAGGGGGGGCUUGGUGGGUUCAGGAAGGGCAAGGGUGUUUUUGUCUUUGGUGAGACAUGA